GACCAUGGGCUGGGGCUGGGGGAGCCGCUGCUGCCGCCCGGGACGGCGGGACCUGCUGUGCGUGCUGGCGCUGCUCGCCGGCUGCCUGCUCCCAGUGUGCCGGACGCGCGUCUACACCAACCACUGGGCGGUGAAGAUCGCAGGCGGCUUCGCUGAGGCCGACCGCAUAGCCAGCAAGUACGGAUUCAUCAACGUAGGACAGAUCGGUGCACUGACGGACUACUAUCACUUCUACCAUAGUAGGACCAUUAAAAGGUCUGUUCUCUCGAGCAGAGGAACCCACAGUUUCAUUUCAAUGGAACCAAAGGUGGAGUGGAUCCAACAGCAAGUGGUGAAAAAACGGACAAAGAGGGAUUAUGAUCUCAGCCGUGCCCAGUCUACCUACUUCAAUGACCCUAAGUGGCCAAGUAUGUGGUACAUGCACUGCAGUGACAACACGCAUCCCUGCCAGUCGGACAUGAAUAUUGAAGGAGCCUGGAAGCGAGGUUAUACGGGGAAGAAUAUUGUGGUGACCAUCCUGGAUGACGGCAUCGAGAGAACCCACCCUGAUUUGAUGCAAAACUACGAUGCUCUGGCAAGUUGCGAUGUGAAUGGGAAUGACUUGGACCCGAUGCCUCGUUACGAUGCAAGCAAUGAGAACAAGCAUGGGACCCGUUGUGCUGGAGAAGUGGCAGCCGCCGCAAACAACUCUCACUGCACCGUUGGAAUCGCUUUCAAUGCCAAGAUUGGAGGUGUGCGGAUGCUGGAUGGCGAUGUCACAGACAUGGUGGAAGCAAAGUCUGUCAGCUACAAUCCACAGCAUGUGCACAUCUACAGUGCCAGCUGGGGCCCAGACGAUGACGGCAAGACUGUGGAUGGGCCAGCUCCCCUCACCCGGCAAGCCUUUGAGAACGGGGUGAGAAUGGGGCGGAGAGGCCUUGGCUCUGUGUUUGUCUGGGCAUCUGGCAAUGGUGGAAGGAGCAAAGACCACUGUUCUUGUGAUGGCUAUACCAACAGCAUCUACACCAUCUCCAUCAGCAGUACAGCUGAAAGUGGAAAGAAACCGUGGUACUUGGAAGAGUGUUCAUCUACACUGGCCACAACCUACAGCAGUGGAGAAUCCUAUGAUAAGAAAAUAAUCACCACUGAUCUAAGGCAACGAUGCACGGACAAUCAUACUGGGACAUCAGCCUCAGCCCCCAUGGCUGCUGGCAUCAUUGCUCUGGCCCUGGAAGCCAAUCCGUUUCUGACCUGGAGAGACGUACAGCAUGUUAUUGUCAGGACUUCCCGUGCGGGACAUUUGAACGCUAAUGACUGGAAAACCAAUGCUGCUGGUUUUAAGGUGAGCCAUCUCUAUGGAUUUGGACUGAUGGAUGCAGAAGCCAUGGUGAUGGAGGCAGAGAAGUGGACAACCGUUCCUCAGCAGCACGUGUGUGUGGAAAGCACAGACCGACAAAUCAAGACCAUACGCCCCAACAGUGCAGUGCGCUCCAUCUACAAAGCCUCAGGCUGCUCGGAUAAUCCCAACCACCAUGUCAAUUACCUGGAACAUGUAGUCGUGCGAAUUACCAUCACACACCCUCGGAGGGGAGACCUGGCCAUCUAUUUGACCUCACCCUCAGGAACCAGAUCCCAGCUUUUGGCCAACAGGCUGUUUGAUCAUUCCAUGGAAGGGUUUAAGAACUGGGAGUUCAUGACCAUUCACUGCUGGGGAGAGCGGGCUGCUGGUGACUGGAUCCUUGAAGUUUAUGAUACUCCAUCUCAGCUGAGGAACUUCAAGACUCCAGGUAAAUUGAAAGAAUGGUCCUUGGUCCUCUAUGGCACGUCUGUGCAGCCAUACUCCCCAACCAAUGAGUUUCCCAAAGUAGAACGCUUCCGCUACAGCCGAGUGGAAGACCCCACGGAUGACUAUGGUGCUGAAGAUUAUGCGGGUCCCUGUGAUGCUGAAUGCAGUGAGGUUGGCUGUGAUGGGCCAGGACCAGACCACUGCAGUGACUGUUUACACUACUACUACAAGCUGAAAAAUAACACCAGAAUCUGUGUCUCCAGCUGCCCUCCUGGCCACUACCAUGCUGACAAGAAGAGGUGCCGGAAGUGCGCUCCCAACUGUGAGUCCUGCUUUGGCAGCCACAGUGAUCAGUGCCUAUCGUGUAAAUCUGGCUAUUUCCUGAAUGAAGAAACCAGCAGCUGUGUUAUUCAGUGUCCUGACGGGUCAUACCAGGAUACCAAGAAAAAUGUGUGCGGCAAAUGCAGUGAGAACUGUAAGGCAUGCACUGGAUUCCACAACUGCACGGAGUGCAAGGGCGGGUUAAGCCUUCAGGGGUCCCGCUGUUCUGUCACCUGCAACGAUGGACAGUUCUUCAAUGGCCAUGAUUGCCAGCCCUGCCACCGUUUCUGUGCCACCUGUGCCGGGGCUGGAGCAGAUGGGUGCAUUAACUGCACAGAGGGUUAUGUCAUGGAAGAGGGAAGAUGUGUACAGAGCUGCAGUGUGAGUUAUUAUUUGGAUCAUAAUUCAGAUAAUGGAUACAAAUCCUGCAAGAGAUGUGAUAACAGCUGUUUGACAUGCAAUGGCCCAGGAUUCAAGAACUGUUCCAGCUGCCCUAGUGGGUAUCUUUUAGAUUUAGGCGUGUGUCAGAUGGGAGCCAUCUGCAAGGAUGGAGAAUAUAUUGAUGAGCAAGGCCACUGCCGUAUCUGUGACGCCUCAUGUGCCAAUUGCUGGGGACCAACUCAAGAAGACUGUACCAGCUGCCCCAAAACAAGGGUUUUUGAUGAUGGCCGGUGCAUUUUGAACUGUCCCUCAUGGAAGUUUGAACUUAAGAAGCAAUGCCAUCCAUGCCACCAUACUUGCCAAGAAUGCCAAGGAAGCGGUCCUUCUAACUGCACCUCCUGCAGGGCAGACAAGCACGGUCAGAAACGCUUCCUAUACCAAGGAGAAUGUCGGGAGAGCUGCCCUGUGGGCCACUAUCCCACCAAGGGACAUGCCUGCCUGCCCUGCCCAGACAACUGUGAGCUUUGCUACAACCCACAUGUCUGCAGUAGAUGCAUGAGUGGCUACUUCCUCGUGCCUGCCAACCACACCUGUCAGAAGCUGGAGUGCGGACAAGGUGAAUUCCAGGAUUCUGAGUAUGAAGAAUGCAUGCCUUGUGAGGAAGGAUGCCUGGGGUGCACUGUGGAUGAUCCAGGAGCCUGUACCUCAUGCGCUGCAGGAUAUUACAUGUUUGAGUGGCAUUGUUAUAAAGCCUGCCCUGAGAAGACCUUCAGUACACAAUGGGAAUGCAGAGCCUGUGGCACUAACUGCGGCAACUGUGACCAGCAUGAGUGCUAUUGGUGUGAGGAGGGCUUCUUUCUCUCGGGUGGCAGCUGUGUGCCCGAUUGUGGCCCUGGCUUCUAUGGAGACCAAGAGUUGGGAGAGUGUAAGCCCUGUCAUCAAGCCUGUGAGACUUGCACCGGCUUGGGUUACAACCAAUGCAGCAGCUGUCAAAAAGGGUUGCAGCUGUGGCGUGGGGCAUGUAUCUGGCCCACCUGGCCCCAAGGAGGGGAAGGCAAGCUCUGGAACGAAGCUGUGCCCACUGAAAACCCAUCCUUGGUGAAGGACCUGCUGCAGGAGCAACGAAGGUGGAAAAUUCCAAUCAAAAGAGAUGCAACAAAGCAAGAUCAACCUUGCCAUUCUUCUUGUAAGAGCUGCAAUGGAUCUGAAACUCUCUGCACUUCGUGUCCAAAAGGUACAUACCUGUGGCUGCACACCUGUGUUCCUUCCUGUCCCCAAGGCACUUGGCCCUCAGUCAAGAGUGGCAGCUGUGAGAACUGUGCUGAGGACUGUGCCUCUUGCUCUGGAGCCGACCUUUGCCAAAAGUGCCUGAGUCAGCCGGACAGCCUUCUGCUCCUCCACGAGGGCAGGUGCUACCAUCGAUGCCCAGAGGGCUUCUAUGCAAAAGAUGGUGUUUGUGAGCACUGUAGUCCCCCUUGCAGAACAUGUGAAGGAAAUGCUACCCACUGUCACUCUUGUGAAGGAGACUUCGUGCUAGACCAUGGGGUGUGCUGGGAAACUUGCCCUGAAAAGCAUGUGGCUGUGGAAGGAAUCUGCAAGCACUGCCCAGAAAAGUGCCAGGACUGCAUCCAUGAGAAGACUUGCAAAGAGUGUAUGCCUAAUUUCUUCCUGUACGAUGACACAUGCUAUGAGUCCUGUCCCAAGCACUUCUACCCUGACUUGCGCCAGUGUGUCCCCUGCCAUGAAAACUGUUUGGAAUGCAAUGGCCCCAAGGAGGAUGACUGUGAGGUCUGCGCUGAUACUUCCAAGGCUCUCUAUAAAGGGCUGUGUUUGGAUGUGUGCCCGGAGGGAACAUACAAAGACGAGGUGACUGAUGAAUGUAAAGAUUGCCCCGAGUUCUGCCGGAGCUGCUUGUCAGAUGAGACCUGCCUGGCCUGUCAGGAAGGCCUGACACUAGUGCAUGAGGUCUGCAAAGCACCCAUGGAGUGUGCGGCUGUCGAGUACUGGGAUGAGGGCAUUCAUAGGUGCCAGCCAUGCCACAGGAAGUGUUCCCGCUGCUCAGGGCCUGCCCAGAACCAGUGCUAUACCUGCCCCAGAGAAACACUUCUUCUCGACAUGACCUGUGUGAAAAGCUGCCCAGAAGGCUACCACACUGACAAGGACAGCCACCAGUGUGUGCCCUGCCACAACUCUUGCAGGACCUGUGAAGGACCUCACAGCAUGCAGUGUCACUCCUGCCGACCUGGCUGGUUCCAGCUGGGCAAGGAGUGCUUGCUGCAAUGCAGGAACGGAUAUUAUGGAGAAAGCGCCAGUGGUCGGUGUAAGAAGUGUGACAAGAGCUGCCAGGCAUGCCGGGGGCCGCUGCCCACAGACUGCCAAUCCUGCGAUAAAUUUUUCUUUCUCCUGCGCUCCAAGGGACAGUGUCACCGCACCUGUCCAGAACACUACUAUGCAGACCAACAUGCCCAGACCUGUGAGAGGUGCCACCCAACUUGUGACAAAUGUGAUGGAAAGGAGGCAUGGAAUUGCUUAUCCUGUGUGUGGAGCUACCACCUUCAGAGAGGAAUCUGUGUCCCGGAAUGUCUUGUAGGGGAAUACAGAGAUGGAGAGGGAGAAAAGUUUAACUGUAAAAAAUGCCACGAGAGCUGCGUGGAGUGCAAAGGACCCGGAGCCAAGAACUGCACCGUGUGCCCAGCUGACCUGCUGCUGCACAUGGAUGACAGCCGCUGCCUCCCCUGCUGCAACGCUUCCCACGCCCACAGAUCCCCGGACUGCUGUGACUGCCAGAGUACCACAGAGGAGUGCAUCCUUCCAGCCAGCAAGACCGUGCCCUCGGAGCGCACCAAGACUGCCCUGCUGGUGACCUCGGGUGUCAUGCUGCUGAUGCUGCUGGGGGCCGCUGUGGUCGUGUGGCGAAAGUCUCGAAGCCGACCUGUAGCAAAAGGGCGCUACGAAAAGUUGACCGAACCGACCGUGUCAUACUCCUCCUACAGGAGCAGCUAUCUUGAUGAGGACCAGGUGAUCGAGUACAGGGACCGAGACUAUGAUGAAGAUGAUGAGGAUGACAUCGUCUACAUGGGCCAAGAUGGCACUGUCUACCGGAAGUUCAAGUACGGACUGCUGGAUGAGGCAGAAGAUGAUGAGUUGGAGUAUGACGAUGAGAGCUACUCCUUCCAGUAAACGGAGCCCGCCUGUGGGCUCCAUGGCAAUUAGCCCUGCCCCGGGGCUACCAUCACAUUGGCUGAGGUUCGAGUGUGUGUGUGUGUUUUGUCCUAACUUUGUUUCCAACCUGAGUAUGUAGGGAUGCUGGAGUCUGCUGUGCUGCUCUUAACUAGCUGAGUACAAUGGACAGAUCCUGCAAAGGGAGAAUUCAAAAGCAUUUUCCUCCAGGGUAUUUCAAGACUUCAAACGCAGAAGGGGAAGGAAGUGAGAUCUGAUGAACACUCUAACAUGAUUUCUAAAGUGGACAGGACAGAGGACCUGUAAGGAUUCUGCUGGAGACCCCUGCUUUCUUCAGAAAUUCUGAUAGUUGACCCACUCUCAGGAACCAGAGAGUUGUUGGGGCUGGGAUGGGAGGUCUCUCCCCUUUCAAUUGGGUUUAAGAAGGAAAUCUGUAAAGAGCGUGAAAAGGGGCUUGUAGUUUCUUUCACAGUACCUCUGGGGAGUCGAAAGACCAUCUCUCCUGUGAAUGCUCAGGACCUAUGUCAGGAUUUGCAGCCUCAAGGCUGACAGAGCGCAUGCUCACUGGGCUCUGGCUCCUUUGCAGAGACCAUAACAACAAUGAUCCUGGGCAGAGGAAGCCUAGGUGGAGGACAGCAUCAAAUCACAAGGAAGGAGCUCGUGUCCAAGCAUCGCACCCUCGUGAUUCUCUUAAGAGCCUUUCUGAUAGGAAAUAAAUAAAGAAAAAUUGUAAUGAUACCCUAACACAAAAUACAAAGAUUUCAUCCACUCUAAAAAAAAUAAUAAAAUAAAGACUUUAGCUGCUAAAUCAGAGCAAAGCUUUCAUCCAUGAGUCAUCCAAGAAGCUCAGACUCUCCAUAAGAAAAGUAGGAGUAGAGUCUACCAUUUAGAAAUUUCCCAAUAUCUUGCUCACCAGCUGCAAACAGCUGCCUGGCUCUCUUCAACCCUGUGACUUUCUGUUUCUGGGCUUCCUAAACUCUUUUUCCAUGCUGGUCAAGGGUGUUCGUAGAUUAUGCAUUCAUGGGCACUUUCUGCAGAUGGUAAUUCACAGGGAGGGCACUGUGUGCAAAAGAAUACAAGCAGAGCCUCGUGGAGCAGCUCCUUGUUACAGGCAAUGCUGUGUGUAGAACAUCAAAAAGUGAGUAGCUCCAUCGCAUGAUGAUUAUUGUAACCAAAAUGAAUUGCACACUUACCUUGUGCCCGGUAACUAAUGUAUCUCCCCCACAUCAUACUUAAGAACUCUACCAGAUGGUGUCAGCCAUCCCUUAAUUUUAAAGGACGUCUGAGGCUUCCAAAAGGCUAUACUCAAGGUCACAGACAGCUGAUCAAGAUUGAAAAAUAAGAAUGACCUUAAAGCAUAUAUUCUUAAUAACUGUGCUCCACUGACCGAGUGAAAACAAGCAUUCUAAACAUAAUAAAACUAUGUCCAUUCUAUGACAGUUAACCUACAUUCUAUAGUAACAUGUGAAUGUAAAUGACAAUCUUUACUUGUGGGAAAACACUAUGCUUGUGUUUCUUUAGAGAAAAACCCUCAGAACACAGACCACUAAAUAGUCUCUAUCAACAGCCAGGUUUCUCCCCCCAGGCUUUUUGAGUUAAAAACAGACUCUGUUGGGAUUGUCCAGACUACCAUGGGAUCAUGCGUGGAGUCAGUUCAAAAUAAAUGACUAAGCUGUGCUCCAGGAAAACUGUCUUUAGGGACAUUUAAUAUCUGAAUUUCAGAUCAUCGUCACAUAUCAUGAAGUAACAACCUUUUGAUGGCCAUUUAAAAACAUGAGAUCUCUGAGGUCCAGCAACAGGUGGCUUCAAACUCUUCAGACACCAUGGCUAUCACAUAAACAUCAAAUCAAGUUCCCAAAUUUUUGAUCAUUUAACAUGAUCUCUUCAAAAUCCAUUUGAUUGCUCACUUUUCAAUCCUUAGGAUAGCUUUAAAGAAUUGCUGUCAUAUCAGUGGAAGAAUUCAAGUUUUCUUGCUGUGUAAUUCCAGAGUUCAAAUACAGAAGCAAGUACUUUUGAUUGUAUGUGUUAUUCCUAUUCCUUGAGAAUGUAGAAACAGACUGAGCUGCUCUCAGCAGCCUAGAAAAAUUCCCAAGAAAAAUAUCUGUGCUUAUGUUGAUGCACACUCUUCUAAGAUGGCUUGAGACACUAAGAAACAUGGUGGUGAUGCUUGUGCCCAUGUGUGGUUAAGACCUGCCUUGCCCUCUGGGUUUGUAGUCAUGACAGUCUUCUCAAACAGCUGCCUUCCUGGAUAAAUACAUGGUUGAAAAACA